UUUGUGAACGUACAAAUAACGUCGACGGCCAGCGACGAACAAACAGCAGCCAGUAUUUGUCGUUGGAGAGAAAUUGGGCAGGAAAACUAUUCUCGCCGCCGGUUCAAAUCUGCAGCAGGCACCAUCAAGUUAAAUUAUCAAAAUUCUGUGGCUACAUCAUGUAUCGGCUAGCAGCUUUCGAGUGCAAAAGUGCGAUGCAGCGCACACUGCCUCCAACGAGCAGCAGACAGUACAGCAGCAGUAACAAUAACAACAGAAGCAACAACAACGGAAAUGGUGGAAAGCAACAACGAGAACAACAUUGGCAAAAAAGUAGCCUGCCUCCACCGCCGAACAUGCGAGAAGCUGGCUUUGGCAAAGUGAUGGUCCUGCUGACACCACUGGCUGCAGUCGGCGGCGUUAUUACCUAUUCCAAAUACAACAAAGAUUUCCGUCAAAUGGUUGAGAAGAAUGUGCCCGGUGCUGAAUCGAUCAUUAAGGUUGCGCUGCAAGAGGAAGCACCUUUCCAGGGUAUAACCAAAAAUGUGAACGAUCAAUUCGACAAAGUCAAAUCGACAUUCAACAGCGUUUCCGACUCGGUGAGCUCAGUCACCAGCACAGUGACAGGCUUCUUCGGCGGCAACAGCGCGCCCGAUGUAAAACCCUCUGGUGCAGCCAAACCAAUCGAAGUCAAGGAACCCAAGCAAUCGGAAGCCGCUAAGACCAAACCCACCACUGCCGCCGUUGCGAAGAGUGAACAGAAAACUGCCACCAAAUUGGCCACAGCAGCGCCGUCGGCACCAAAACCACCACCGAAGGUGGAACCAUUGCCAAAAGAGGUUGUGGACCUGGAGAAGGCAAUAGAGUUGUCGGCGCAGCUGGCGAUCAAGGAAUACAAUGCAGCUAUUGCCAUUUUAAAGGGUUUCAAUGAAGAUGUGCGACGAGUUGUGGACAAGGCUGUCGAGCAUGGCGAGAACUCGCUCUGGGCAACGCUGAAGAAUCGGGCGAGUGCACGCGACUCAGCCGUUGCGACGGCAGAGCGUGCCGCACGUGAAGCACAGGAGAAGAUCGAGCGCUGUGAAGUUGCAUUAAGCAAAGCGGCCACAGCGAAAAACCAUGAACAGGUGGAGGAGUUGCGCAACAAAAUUAAGAAGAUGGUUUCGCAUAUUAGCCAAGUCAAGGAUGAUCUGUAUAGACAUAAGGAUACGGCGAGUGUAUCCGAUAAAUAUUGGCGCAGUGUUGAGCAGGCACGCAACUAUUUCAUCGAUGAAAUCGAGUCCAUCUUUCCUGGCAUCAAUCUUUCUGAAAAGAAAUUGAGCCUAUCCAAAGAGGAUCUGGAUUUGUUCAUACUGCACGCCUACUCGCACGUUGUCGCCUACCAAAAGGAGCUGCAGCGCCUGCAAACCGACGGCGAGCUGCGUCUGAAGCGUGCCAUCGAUUCAUUGCGUGGCGACAAUAGCUCCGAAGCGCUUCGCGCCCAACUAGACUUUCAUUUGGAGGCGGAGAAGCGCAAGCUGGCCGUGGAAAAUCAGAAAAGGAUAUUCCAAAUCCAUGCCGAAGCCGACAAGCAAUUGCGCUUGCAGCUCAAAAAGCAGGCCGAAGCUCACGUCGACCACAUCAAGGAUGUUGUGGCGCAGCGGGAAACGGAACUGACGCGCUCCUUCAAGCGCGAGUUGGACGACAAGUUGGCCGCCGAGAAGGCCAACUACAAACUUCAGCUGGCUGCUAUGCUGGGCAAGCUACGCGGCAUGGAUGCUGCACUGGCUGAGCGGGCCGAAACGGAGCGCACGGCCAACCAGGCACAGGCCUUGUGGGCUGCCUGCCAGGCUCUUUGGGCAUCGGUACGCACAGCCACGCCCGGUGUGCACUACAAGGAUAAGUUGCGACCCCUCAAGAAUGAGAUAAAAGCCAUCGCUAAGGUUGCUGAGGGCGACGAACUGGUUAUCGCGGUCUUGGAAAACAUGCCCAAAGAGGCCCAGGAGCGUGGUGUCUUUCCUGAAGAUGCAUUGCGUGAACGUUUUUUGAAUGUGGAACGCAUUGCUCGUCGUUUGGCGAUGGUACCCGAAAAUGGUGGCAGCCUGCCCAUUUAUUUCCUUUCAUUUCUGCAAUCGAUUUUCAUCAUGCGACCGGAUAGUCCCGUCUCCAAGGAUGAACUAGAAAACAAGCCUUUCGACUAUAGCAAAUUGGACACCUAUGAUAUUUUGAAUAGAGCCAGGUACCAUGUGGAUCGUGCUGAUUUCCUCCAAGCGCUAAAAUACUUAAACCUACUACAAGGUGCGCCUCGUGAAGUUGCCAGCGACUGGAUGAAGGAGGCUCGUCUAAUGCUGGAGACACAACAGGCGGCCAACACGCUGAUGGCUCAUGCCGCAGCUAGCGGCUUAAUGUAUUUGUAAAUUAUGUCUCCCAUUGUGUCCCCGGUUUAGUUUUCAACAGUUUGUUUUUGAUUUUACCCGCUGAGAGUCAAUCACGAGAACUUACUUAAAAAAGGGCAUUGAUUGUGAAAUUUUGUUUUAGAAGCAAUUAUACAAAUUACAAAUAUAGAGGUCUGAAACGGCAAUGAAAGUA